AUGGACUUUGUCGUCGAUGCGCGGCCCGAGAACGAGCCUCUCGCGCCAUCGGCCGAGGGUGCUCCGUCUCGCAAGCGGCGCCGCAAGCGCAGCGGAAACGCGGCGCGUGAGCGGAUGCUGGCGUCGCUGGUCUUCAGUGAGGGCGGAGCGAGCGCUGCGAUCGAGGAGGCCGACGCGGACGCUUUCGGAGCCGCGGCGGCUGCUUCCGACGGCGAGGGCGACGAGGGCCUGUCCGGCGGCGAGCAGCCGAGCGGCGGCAAGAGCGGCGGCGAGGAGGAGGCGGAGGAAGAGGGCGAGGAGGAGGCGGAGGAGGAGGAGGAGGAGGAGGAGGAGGGCGGCGAGGAGGGCGGCGAGGGCGACGGCGGCCGCGACCCCGCGCCCGCGUGGCAGGACGACGACGACGACGAGCUGCAGGUCGACGUCAUGGCGGGCGGCUCGCGGCUGCGCAAGCUGCGCACCCGCCCUUCGGAGCGCGUGCUUGGAGGCAAGGAGUACGAGGCGAGGCUUCGCGCGCAGUUCGCGGCUACGCAGCCGGCGACGGGGUGGGCGGAGAUGCCGGCGCGGCGCGGGGCGAAGGGGAAGCAGCGGCGACCAAAGCAACCGACAGGCGGCGCGUCGAGUGACGAGGGCUCGGACGGGGCGGAGCUCGCCGUGAAGCGGACCGUCGACCUCAACGCCGCCGCCGCCUCCAACUCCGCCGUCAGCUGCGUCGCCUGGCACCCGAAUGGCACCCGCAACACGCUGCUGCAGUCUGUCGCCUCCGCCGCCUUCUCCUCCGACGGCGCGCGAGCCUUCGCGUGCGGCCGAGGGCGCCAGUGGGCCUGCGUCGACCUGCACAGCGGCCGAGCGACGAUGAUGCCGCCGCUCCCGGGCAGGGAGGAGGCGGGCUACCGCGAGGCACCCUCCUCGCCACCCUGCAGCCCUCCGAGCCGACCGCGCGCUUCGGCGGCGGCCGGCGGCUGCCAGUGCGUCGCCUAUUCUCCCGACGGCGCGCUGCUGUUUGCUUCCGGCGGCGGGAACGGCCGCGUGCAGGUGUGGGACGUGCGGCGGCGCGUGUGCAUCCACACUUGGCACGACGGGUCGGGCGUGCGAACCACGCGCAUCGCGCUCUCCCCCGACGGCCGCUACGUGGCCACCGGCUCGGACGCGGGCGUCGUCGCGCUGUACGAGACCGCCGCGGUCGUCGCGGGCGGCGAGCCAAAGGCGCUGAAGGAGUUCAUGAACGUCCGCACCGCCAUCACGGCGCUCGCCUUCAACCACUCCUCCGAGCUGCUCGCGUUCGCGUCCAAGUACGCAAAGGCGUCGAUGCGAGUCGCGCAUUUGGCGACUCGCCGUGUCUACCCCAACUGGCCGACGUCGAAGACGCCGCUCAAGUACGUGCAGUCGUUUGCCUUCUCGCCAGGGUCGGGAUACCUCUCUUUCGGCAACGACAAGGGCGCCGCGCUGCUCUACCGCCUCAACCACUUUGAGGCGGCGUGA